GAGAGUGAGAACAGGAUGAACAUCGCAGAGGUGCCCGCUCGCAUGUCGUGCUUGCUGGUUGGUCCCUCCGGAGCCCGGGUCCCUCUGGAGGACCGACGAGCAGUGAUUCUGGGCCGGGGGCCUGACACGGGGGUCACCGACAAGAAAUGCUCCAGGCACCAAGUGAAGGUGGUGGCUUGCUAUGCAGACCAGGAUGUCCUUGUUACACAGCUGGGUCCCAAUCCCAGUUUCUUGGAUGAUAAGAAGCUGGGUCGAAGCCAGUCAGGUAAACUCACCCAUGGAGGCACCAUCUUCCUGGUAGAUCAGAAGUACCCGUUUAAACUGCGCUACUCUGUGAGCCCAAACGGAUCAGCCGCCAACGAAUCACGAAAAGGACUUAAAGCCACGGAUAAGACAAAAGGAGGAAGAAACGGGCAAGAGAAAGAGGCACAGUCCAGUCCAAAUAUCCAGCGCAGUAUAAAGGAUUUCUGUUCUAAAUCUCCUACGAAGUCGUCUAAAAGAAAGCUGAGUCCAGAGAGGGGCAGCCCUAAAGUUAAACGCCGAAGAAGAGAUGAGGAGGCCUCAGAAAGACAAGUAAAGGAAGUGGAAGAGGAUGAUGAGGAGGAGAGAAUAGCUGAUGAAAAGCUCAAGCAGCUGCAGUCGUGGGCAGAGAAGUCAAUAGCAGAGAGGAGUAAUAGCACACAGCCUUCAUCAUCUUCGAAAGGCUGUCUCAAGAGCAGCUGGCAGCAGAUCGGCAAUCUGAUGCUCUACACUGCUGCUGGUGUCGAAGGAAGUGACAAGAUUGCUGGGUUUGACAUAGAUGGUUGCAUCAUCACUACCAAGUCUGGUAAAGUCUUUCCCACUUCGCCAGAUGACUGGAGGAUUUUGUAUCCUGAGAUUCAGCCCAGGCUGGCCAGCCUGCUUAAGAAAGGAUACAAGGUGGUGUUCUUCACCAACCAGAUGGGCAUUGCUAGAGGCAAACUGAGACCAGAAGUCUUCAAGUCUAAAGUAGAGGACAUCCUCACCAAGCUGCAGCUACCUGUGCAGGUGUUUGUAGCAGCGGGUUCUGGUAUAUACAGGAAACCAGUGAUGGGAAUGUGGAAUCACUUGUGCGACAAGGCGAAUGAUGGCGUGACUGUUGACAAGACACAGACCUUUUAUGUGGGAGAUGCUGCAGGUAGGCCGGAGAACUGGGCUCCAGGGAGGAAGAAGAAAGAUUUCUCCUGCAGUGACAGAAUAUUUGCUCUGAACAUUGGGUUGCAGUUUCACACCCCAGAGGAGUUUUUCCUGGGAUGGAAGAGUGCCCCCUACAGCCUGCCUCAUUUUGACCCUAGGACAAUUGACUCCACUGCGAGACUCUACGACCCCCCGACUGCCUCAUUAACCUCCAGCAAGACAGAAGUCAUUGUUGCGGUGGGCUUCCCUGCAUCUGGUAAAUCCACGUUCUUCAACACCCACGUCAUUCCCAAAGGCUAUGUUUACGUCAACAGGGACACACUCGGUUCGUGGCAGAGCUGUGUGACAUUAUGUGAGCGUUCUCUGAAGGAGGGCCGCAGCGUCGUCGUGGACAACACCAACCCAGACCCGGAGUCUCGCAAACGAUAUGUGGACGUCGCCAAGGCAGCCGGAGUGCCGUGUCGCUGUUUCCACUUCUCCGCCUCUCUGGAGCAAGCCAAACACAACAACAGAUUCCGAGAGAUGAAUCCAUCAGAGAGCAAACAUAUGAAGGUCAAUGACAUGAUUUUCCACAGCUUCAAGAAACACUUUCUGGCUCCUGCUCUCUCCGAGGGAUACUCCGAGAUCCUCCAGAUCCACUUUGUGCCGAACUUUAAAGACAGCCAAUCAGAAAUCCUGUUCAGGCAGUUUUCUGAGGGCUGAUUGGAGGAUAGGCUUCUAACAACUUUGACCUCCACAUUCUCCCUGCCACAGCAAAAAUAGAGAUAACAGCCAGUGAAGCAGCUGAGGUGUGAGAUCUGAGAUUUGUGCAGAGCUGAUUGUCAUUGCUCACAGUAUUAUGCAAUCUGAAUGGCUAACUACAACAAUGAUAGAAGACCUGUAAUGGUAACUAAACUUGGAUUAAAUCAGUGUUUGAUCUACAUUAUUAUGUCAAUGUACAGAUAUAUUUCCAUAUGAUAUAUCUGCCUAGUUUCAUGCAUAUGUUAUACAUGUUCAGUAUAUAAAUAAUUCAGUGUUAAAAAGAGGAAUAUUUGGUUUUUAUAUCGUGUAUAAUAAGGACGUCCUUCUGAGUGAAUUAACUCUCAUCUAUUUGACAAUAAAGCUUUGGAAAACACUUGA